AUGCUUGCACUUUACAGUCUGCAGGGCCUGCAGCCGUCGCGCGUGGGUUCUCUGCUCCAUGGCGCAUCAUGCUGCGCUCAGCCAUCUGCCCUUCCUAUAUCCUCUAGAGACAACCAAAAGCCUGCAACGAGUCAGCUAGAUGGAGUCGUACACGGCAAAGCUGCACCGUUGCCAGAGGCAGCGGGUACUGUGGAGAGACCCGCCAAGCCCGCAGCACUGAGCGAGCUGUGCGCCCAGUAUGCUGACCUCAGUCUCGUCCCAAACAUCCUCUGA